AUGGGAAGUCUGGUGAACCAUCGGAAAGGGCCUUGCCCCCGAUGCAGCGAGUGCGCAGCGCUAACAGCUCCCUCGGCCUGGCCUAAAGUCAACUGCACUGCGCCAUGCUCCAAGUCUGGUCUUUCCAGUGAUUUGGAGACCAAGUCCCUCAAAGAAGCCAGGAACCUUGUUAUUGAUUGUGUAUCUUCAAAUUCUACAGUUUUCAGGACUUCCCUGGCAAUUCAGUGGUUGGGGCUCCACACUUCCACUUUUGAGGGGAAGGAUGGGUUUGAUUCCAGCAGUGUCCCUGGCUCGCCUGUAUCAUUCUGGACAUCGGGGCUUGAGAGGCAAGGGCGCAGCCAGAGUCACCCGGGUCCUCGUGGCUACGCUCCGGGCAUUCGUGGGCCUGACAAGGCCCGCCCGGCCCUCGCCCUGGAGGCCUUUGGGUGCCUGGCCUGGGGCUACACCAGCCGCCUGUGGGAGCAGCUGCGGCAGUUCUGGAUCGACCACUGCUCGCGGCGCUUCUCACCGCGACGCCCGCCGCUGCGCCGCAUCUCCUCCAUGUCUACCUUCUACCUGUUGGACCACCAGACGCGCCAGGCGGAACUAGGCCUCAGCUACGGCUCGCCCCGCACGCGCCUCAGCGACGAGGCCUUCGUGUUCCGCGGCGGGCGGUGGACCGCCGAAGGCCAGCCAGUGUGGUCGCGGCCGCAGCUGCCCUCGCAGACCAUCGCCGGCUGGAAGGCACAGAUGCAGCGAGUCAAAAGCCAAGUGCUGCUGGAGGAGAAUAACUACCUGAAGCUGCAGCAGGAACUGCUUAUGGACAUGCUGACGGAGACCACAGCCCGAAUGCACCUGCUGGAGAAAAAGCUCGACCACGGGGCAAGCCCGGCUGCCGCGGCGUGCGCCUGGCAAAGGAAGACGCGCAAGCGCGAAGGCGCGAGCAGCCUGCCCAUGCUCGAGCCGCGGGCUCCGGAGUCGCGGUGACCCAAUAAAACCCGUGCGGCGCAUGCGCACCUCGCUCGCACCUCAGGCGCGUCGCUCCGGAGGGCAGGCACUGACCCGGCUCCCGGCGAGCAUUGCGCACGCCGCGUGCGUGCAGGGAAGAUCACUUCCGGCCUGUGGUGGACCGGGAACUCCCCAAAAGCCGGUCUCGGGAGGAUGCGCUAGGGGUGUGUAGGAAGAAGUUUGCAGGCCGCUGGGAACGCGGAGUGGGAGCCAGGCCGGCAACAGGCAGUGUCUAGGGGGCGAGGAUGGCAGGCGGUGAAAGGCAGUGACAGUGAUGGCUUUCUUGGCCUAAGGGACGGAGGACAAAAGUCCGGGAGGCGGGGAAACCCGGGCUCA